AACCUCCUAUAUUAGAACACUCUUCUUCAAAUCCAAAACUCAAUCUUACUAAAUAAUCCCCCACAGGACAAAAAAUUAACAACAUCAACCACAAUGCAGCUAGUUUGGUCCCCAGAGACAGCUUCAAAAGCUUACAUCGACACCGUAAAAUCUUGUGAGAUUUUUCAAGAAUCAAGCGUCGCGGAGUUCAUCUCAGCCAUGGCUGCGGGAUGGAAUGCUAAAUUAAUAGUAGAAACCUGGUCACAGGGUGAAGCAACAACGAGUAGCAUUGGCCUAGCUAUUGCGAGUUACCAUACUAAUGGAAGACAUGUAUGUUUUGUUCCUGACAAUCUUUCGAGAACAGAGUAUCUUAAAGCCAUGGAAAUUUCAGGACACUCGCCCGAAGUUAUUGUUGGAGAUCCUGAAGAAGCAUUGCAGAAUUUGAUAGGCAUUGAUUUUUUGGUAUUGAAUUGUGAAAACGACGACUUUACAAGAAUGCUGAGGUUGGUUAGAUUGAGCCGUGAGGGCGCGGUGUUAGUUGGAAAGGGUGCUGGAAGCUCCAGGGGAUCAUCACAAGAGUCUAGAUGGCGCGAUGUCGUUGAGGGUGGUUUAGAACUAGUUCGAACUGUGAUUUUGCCGGUGGGGGAAGGGCUGGAUAUAGCGCAUGUCGGAGGGGUAAAACGUUCAGCUAGGAAUAUUAAGAGUAGGUGGAUUAGCCGGAUCAAUAGACAAUCUGGUGAAGAGUUUGUUUUUAGGAUAUAACUCUGUAAACAGCAUUGCAGAAUCGAAAUGUUUGAAUUGAACAAGGCUUUUAAUA